AUGACGAUUAAUGCUAUCUAUCUAUCUAUCUAUCUAUCUAUCUAUCUAUCUAUCUAUCUAUCUAUCUAUCUCAGUGGCUUCAUCAUCUAUCUAUCUAUCUAUCUAUCUAUCUAUCUUUUCUUUGACUGCACCUUUCUUUCUUUUUCUCUCUCUUUUUCUUUCUUUCUUUCUUUUGUUACUUUUCUGUGUUUCCUUCCUUUCAUCUCUUCUAUUUCAUCUUUCUUUCUUUUUUCUUUCUUUCUUUCUUUUGAUGUUUUCAAUUUCUUUAUUUCUUUAUUUUUCUUUUCGCUAUUUCCUUCCUUUCCUCUUUCCUUUUUCUUUGUUCCUUUUCUAUUUUAUUCACUUUCCAUUUUAUUUACUUCAGACAGGCUUCUCUUUCCUUCACUCUCCUUUCUAUAUCCUUCAUUCUUCAUUCAGUUUCCUUCCCUCUCGCUUUUAUUUCCUUCAUUCUCUAUUCUGUUUCCUUCCCUCUUCCUUUUAUUUCCUUCAUUCUCUAUUCUGUUUCCUUCUCUCUCCCUUUUAUUUCCAUCCCUCUCUAUUCCGUUUCCUUCUCUCUCACUUUUAUUUCCAUCACUCUCAAUUCUGAUGCCUUCUCUCUCCCUUUUAUUUGCAUUAUUCUCUAUUCUGUUUCCUUCCCUCUCCCUUUUAUUUCCAUCACUCUCUAUUCUGUUUCCUUCCCUCUCCCUUUUAUUUCCUUCACUCUCUAUUCCGUCUCCUUCCCUCUCCCUUUUAUUUCCUUCACUCUCUAUUCUGUUUCCUUCCCUCUCCCUUUUAUUUCCUUCACUCUCUUUUCUGUUUCCUUCCCUCUCCCUUUUAUUUCCAUCACUCUCUAUUCUGUUUCCUUCCCUCUCCCUUUUAUUUUCUUCACUCUCUAUUCUGUUUCCUCCCCUCUCCCUUUUAUUUCCAUCACUCUCUAUUCCGUUUCCUUCCCUCUCCCUUUUAUUUCCUUCUUUCUCCAUUCCGUUUCCUUCUUCCUUACUAUUUUUCUUCUUUUUUCCUUCACACUCCCUUCUCUUUCCUUCACACUCCCCUUUUCCUUCAUUCACUCUCCCUUCUAUUAUGUUCACUCUCCAUUCUCUUUCCUCCGUUCUCGAUCACAUUUCUUCCACUCUCCAUUUUGUUAACGUCACCCUCCCCUCUUUUUCCUACUUUCUUCUUUCUAUUUCCUUUUCUCCUCCCAUCAAUUUUCUUCACUCCCCCCUUCUCUAUCGUUCAUUCUCUAUUCUCUAUACUUCACAUAUCUUCUAUUUCCUUCACUCUUCCUUCUAUUUCCUUCACUCUUUCUCCUACUUUCUUUAUUCUCCCUUUUGUUUCCUUCACACUCUCUUCUAUAUCUUACCCACUUCUAUUUACUUCACUCCUUCCAUUUUUGCCAAUUCUUUUCAUAAAUGCUUUCCCCUUAAAGCUUUUUAA